AAUUAAAUGACAGACCCCUCCCAUUAUUGACCGGCAAUAUAAUAAUACCCACGGCAGCCGGUGAAAGAAGCCGGUACUCGUUGGAGAGGAGAGGCUGCGGUGCUGUCUGAGACUCCGUGGUGCUGAAAGUGCCACCCGCCGCGAUGUGGUCCGUGUUUUUCGUGUUUCUGUCUUACCUAGACAGGAACUUUGUUAAAGGCGAAUUCUUAAGCCAAGCUUUAGAUGCAGAAAAAGAGAGCAAAGUGCUCUUUUACAUGCUCAACAACACUCUUUGCGCCAAAAGUUCGGUUGUGGGAGACUAUCACCUCCAUCAGGUUACCGAUGGAGCUGAAGAGGUUCGCUCUGUGCAUGACUCUGAGGGCCGCCUGGUCGACUGCUCUGUGAUCCAAAACGAAAUGCAAGUCAAAUCCUUCAUGCACGUUUGCAGACUUGGGCUAAGAAACCAAAUGAGCUCUGAUCUUAAGAUGACUUUGACUGGGGUGUCCGAGGCGAAGGCGAACUGUAACAAGUUGAAAUCAAAAGGCGACAGAAACGUGAUCGCGACGACAAAACAAGCAAAAGAACCGAACUCGGAGGCAGCGAACGAUAAAAAGACGCGAAACAAGCGAGGCUUCACUUAUCCCGGGACUCUCUGGUGUGGUGCUGGAAACAUCGCAGAUCAUUAUGAUCAGUUGGGCGAAUUUCAAGAGACCGACAAAUGUUGCCGCGUUCACGACCAUUGCCCAUACGUUAUCCAUGCGUUCUCCUCUAACUAUGGAUACACCAACUUUAAAUGGCACUCUCUUAGCCAUUGCGACUGUGACAAUGCCUUAAAGGAAUGCCUGAGACUUGUCAAUGACACUUCAUCUCGGGUGGUCGGACAAGCCUUCUUUAAUGUGAUCGAAGUGCCUUGCUUUGAAUUUUCAUUUGAAGAACAGUGUGUUGAGCGUCACUGGUAUGGGGUGUGUAAAAAGUAUGACAAAGUUCCCGUCGCAGUGCUUAAAGAAUCAAUCCCUUAUGACUUCGGAGGCAUUGAUGUCAUUGACGUAUUGACGAUCGCUCCUCCUAAGAAGCAGCAGCCAGAUGAAGAAAAGGAGAACCAGACUGAAAGCACAACACAGUCGUCAUUCUCUGAAUCAAAGGCCGCCACCCCCGAGGAGCCCUCGCUCACAAAUGUGGUCACGGCUGCGGAGGAUUUCAUUAAAGUGCUCGCCACAGUCUCCACCUCUCAAAGCUCAUCUGCAGACGCAGGUAAAGGAGAAACUCAGACGUCGGAGAAAAAGAAGAAGAAAAAUUCCGGCAAAAAGAAAAAAGAGAACAAGAAGAAACGAGGAAAGGGUAAAGGCAGGAAGAAGAAUAAAAAACUUGACGAAGGAACAACCGGUGCGCCCUCAACCGUGCAAACAGAGGAGGUCAUGGGUAAGAACAACUUUGCAGAGGAAGCGUCUAAGAUCAAUCGUUUUAGCAUAAAAGAAAACAACUUCAUGAACAGCGAGCUAGACUCUAAAGGAAAUAAGAUGAUGCGAGAUGAUCCUCAGCGGACAGCGAAUGAUAAUCAGGAUGUUCUUACCUUAAGAGAGACAGAACCAGAGAUUCAAGAGCUAGUUUCCUCCUCGCCUACAGCUCACAUUACCCCAGCUGUCCGCGAUAAGACCAAGCUGAGACAAAGAUCCGGAAAGAAAAAGCAAAGAAAAAACAUCCCUUCCACAGUAGCCACACAACUUCAGAAACUCUCUGAAGAAAAAACUCUCUCGACCAGUCCAUCUGAAGGUGUCAGCCUCACAACGUCAACCGAGAGUCCAAACGACGCUGUAAGAAAUGAGCACACAGAAGAAGAGGAACCUGUAGUCGCUCCAACACAAAAAACACCCAUUGUUAGAACCAAAAGGCCAAGUUCGAGGCAGAGAGAAGGAAGAAAGAAAAUGAGGAAAAUCAAUGCUUCCUCUACAGAAGAACCUCCUCGUGAUAUCAGCUCUCAGGAUCUGCUAUUGUUCACAGGUUCUGCGACCGUCAGGCCAGCAGACGUGCUAGAGCGACUGGGACUGGACCAAACGGAAAGUUUGAAGGACACCAGUGGUAGACGGAACAAAGGAAGGCGUGUAAUCAAAAUCUGCUAUGAAGCCAUUGUGCCUGACGCUGCAGACACGACACCCCUUCCGACUCCGGACACUGAGUUUCAGUUAAAGGACCCUGAGAUAAACACAGCACCGAGGUUUUCUCUCCUACAGACUGACACUCCAUCUACUGCGACCCGCAGACCUAAGAAUGCAAAGAUGAAAAGAAGCAAGGAGCGAGGAAAUCGAGAAAAGCGUGGAAAAGUUAAGAGAGAGUGAAACUCAAGAAGCUCCACACGGUUGGUUAUCUUCUAGGCUGCCAUACGAUAUGCAGCAAUGUUAUUUUAAUAAGCAGCAUGUUUUUACCUACUCUGUUUUUAUAGCUCCAUUGAUGGUAGACUGAAAAAUCAGAUCAUUUUAUGAAGCAUGUGUUUUUUCGACAUGAUCGCUGAAUAAAGUCAAUAAGAGCACUGGUGAUCCUUC